CAACGAGGGCCCUUCGUGGCUGUCUUUCCUCUUUUUAGUUAAUUCCCCUUCGUUAGCGUCUCUAUCUCUUCUUACUUUUUCUGGGUUUUUGUUGUUCGAGAGAGAGAGAGAGGGAGGAGGCAAUGGGUGAGGAAGCAGAUGCAGAGAUCGAUCGCCUGCCUGUUGACCUUCUUGCUCAUAUCUUCCUUUUACUCUCUUCCUUCACUGAUUUGGCCCAGGCGAGCAGCGUUUGUAGGAAAUGGAGGAAAGGGAUGAAGCAAUCUCUGGCUCGCAAAGAACGCCUGAGCUUUGCUGGUUGGAAGAUGGAUGAUGACUCCACCGCCCGUCUCGUUGCUCAUGCCUACAACCUCAAGGACCUCGACAUUUCAAGGAGCUGUUGGGGCUGCCAAAUAACAGAUGAUGGUUUGUACAGAAUCUCUUUAGCAAAGUGUAUCAGCAACCUGACAUCAAUAUCCCUGUGGGGUAUAACAGGAAUUACAGACAAAGGUGUAAUUCAGUUGGUUUCAAGAGCUACUUCCUUGCAACACCUGAAUGUGGGUGGUACUUUUAUUACCGAUGAAUCAUUAUUUGCAGUUGCAAAUAGCUGCCCGCAUUUGAAGACAAUUGUCCUGUGGAGUUGUCGCCAUGUUACUGAGAGUGGACUCUUCUACCUUGUCAAUAAAUGCUGCAAACUGGAGUCGAUUAAUGUUUGGGGGAUGAGAGUUCCCGUCGAUUGCUUCGUUGCUUUACUUACCAUAAGUCCUGCUCUUCAGAUAAAGCCUGGAGGAGUGCAUCUUAAUGUUGAAACGGUUUCUCUUUGGCCCAUCCAUUGAGUUCCUUUCUUAGUUGCUUUUGAAGCACUUUGUUCAUUACUUGUUCCUUAUUUUUUGUAUUUUGUAAGGUCAUUAUCAGAAUUAUUGUCUUAGA